AUGCUAAGAUUGAAACCCACCCGCAUUGCCCUCACUGAGGACGACCUCUGUUACCACAUCGACAGCAUCUUCCAUCGAAACCCUGACCUUGCCGUAUGGCACCAGAAACGCAAGAGCUCUGGUAACAGCUACGAUGGGGAUGAGGAUGAUGAGGACGUUUUCCGAGAUUCGGACUCUUGCAGUAUUCUAGAGACUCCGCCCGAGUCGGAGUGUGAUGAUACUCAGUCGCAAACGCUGGCAGGUGACGAUCAACAGGAAACGGAGCCAAGAGAGAGAAACACAACCACAUCCAGUCCAGGAAUAGGCCACUACCAUGAGUCCCGUCCCGUUAAUGUUCGAUUUGCUGCACCAGAGCUCUCACACUCGAGUCCUGACGGCAACUCUCGAGCUGUCAUCAGAAGUGAGAGGGCAAUUAUUGGGCCUGCAGAAAGCGCUCACUCGCUGCAUCGGGCCCUCCAGCAAAUUGCGCUUUCAAGCGCAAACUGGAAUAUAGUGAGGGGUGUUCCGUGUUCCCAGCACAACCAUCCCUGGCCUCAUCCACUGUUCUUAUCCUUGCCUUCGUCAGCUGAAGUUACCCUGGACACCAAUCUUGCAAGCCUCUUCUCGUCUGUGAUUGCGCUUCCUCUCAGACUUUCGCAACGCCAAGACGAAUUAAAGUCGUCUGAUAACUCUUCAAGGAACCGUAACUGCCGUAAAUCAUCGCUGCCUUCGAAUCGGCUGGCGCACGACCUUCCAAUGAGCCUGAACGCAGAAUCCCCUCCAGCAAUCGAACCCUUUGAUCCGGGUUCUACAAGCGAUUUGCCGAAGAUACGGCUCAUCCUUCGGCCAACCUCAACGUCACUAGAAAUGAAGCGCAUUCAAAGCAAAGAAUUGGCCUCCACAGCCAGAAAAUCGCGCAGACUCAAGUCUCGCGAGGUCCACACACCUGAGCCCAGAGAUCAGGAUGUUCUCACUGCAAGAGCAUCUAAUUCCGGUAGUACCGCAUUCCAGUCAUCGUCGAAAAGUGCUGGGCCGAGCUCAGUAAGAGGACGCUCAGGUGCUCUUACACAGAAGGUAAGCACAAAGCUCGACCUUUCUUAUGCAAUGAAGUUAACAAGCACGAAGGCGACUGAAGGUAACCAGAGUGAAGGCACCAAGGACGUUGGACGCUUAGUGGACAGUACCACCAUCUCACGAGCGACUCAAACUGAACCAGACCCGGAAACGUCUAUGAAGCAUGCUAAAGAUGGAAGAUCAGUGGAUGAUUUACUUCUGGGCUGGCAGGAUCCUUUCAUCUCUGCAAUGUUUCCUGAGCCUGAUCCCCCGGCAUAUGACGCCACAAGUCGAAUCCGCAGAGGCAUGCAGGGAUAUAUCGAGCCUUCGACGGCGAGGAGGGGAUUCGCAGCCCGCAAUGACCGGAUAGAGCUCGCUCAGUUGGUUCAUCCCACUUUGGUCGAUGCCCGCCUCUACCAUGAAUAUGUUCAUCGGUUGAUCGCGGAGAUCGAUCGCGACUCCAGCCGUUGA